AUAAUUUCAAGCAUUUUACGUGAUUUAUUUUCACAAUAAUAAAAUUUUCAAAGAUUUAAAAGCCAAAAAAUGAGUUUUUGAUAGAAAAAUUUAUCAAAAAUAAUUUUUUCCAACAGAUUUUUUGAAAAAGAAACCCACGUCAGUUUUCAGAAUCACGUAGAAAAAUGUCAACAACAACUCCGGAUUCCACAAAAUUCCUAAUUUCUUUCGUUGUUUUGUUGGAAUUAAUUCACCCGACAGAAGUUGGAUCUGUUCUCGUGAAUACCCGAGUGUCCACAUUCGACAUAAUCAAUAAUGACGUUUUUUUCGAAAUCACAGAGCCCCCAGAACUGGAGUACACGUACCGCAUAAAGCCAGCGAAGGAUUUCGGAGGGACUUUUAACGCUAAUUUUAAGUUGAGGGACGUCGCUUUGGUGCCCGUGAUACCGCCAGAUGCGUGUUUAAUUAGUACCGUGAGGAACGCCGAGGACAUUCGAGGGAAUGUCGCACUCGUAGAACGCGGCGAUUGCUCAUUUCUGACAAAAACAAUCAAUAUCGAGCGAUUGGGAGGCAAAGCUGUGAUUAUAACGGAGUCGACAGCAGCGGAGGGCGACAAUGAAAUCUACAUCGAGAUGGUAGACGACGAUUCGGGACGUCAAACGAGCAUUCCAGCGGGAUUUUUGCUCGGAAAAAACGGAAAAAUCAUUCGGAGUACGUUGAAUCGCCUGCAACGAGACUACGCCGUCAUUAAUUUAAAUAUCAAUUUAACGUUUGUGCCGCUGCAUCAGAUAAAUACGCCGCCGUGGUUGGGACUGUGAUAGAAAAUAAAAGCAUUAAAACUAAAAAAACGACGAGAAAAAACCAAAAAAAUAUUAAAACUAGUCAUUAUCAGAUAAAAUUAGUGUCAUAACGCUUGUUUGCGUGCAAACAGUUGUCAUAGUUAUAAAA